GUACGUUGCUGCGUCACUGUGUGACGUCGUGUUGAUUUUGAGCGCAGAAAUUAUGUAUUUAUAAAUUGACGCAAGCGCGCUAAAUCUAAAACAAGCCGUACAUAAAAUGCCAAAAUACACAAGUGUGCGGAUAAAGUGGCGGCACUCAUGAGAGGAUAAUGGCGCCUCGUGUACAGUUGGAAAAGGCAGCUUGGCGCUGGGUGGAAAACGUGAAACCAGAAGAAAUCACGCAGGAGCACAUCGAGUUAGCAUAUCGCAUUAACCUCCCGGCCUGCAAGAGAGGAGCCUGCAGAAGAAAUUGCAAAGGGAAUCCCAACUGUCUUGUGGGGAUUGGCGAACAAGCCUGGCUCGGGGAGAUCGAUGAGAACACGUUCCACAACAUCGACGACCCAAAUUCAGAACGCAGAGAUAAGAACACAUUUGUUGGACUGACCAACCUCGGUGCAACAUGUUACGUCAACACAUUCCUGCAGGUGUGGUUCCAUAACCUGGAGCUUCGGAGGAUUCUCUAUCAAUGCCACAAUUCACGAGCACAGGAGCAUGACACUGAAACAGAUUACGACCCUCAGUCCAUCUCUGAGCAUCUGCAGUAUCUGUUUGCACUCCUGCAGAACAGCAACAGAAAAUACAUCGAUCCGUCAGGGCUGGUCAAAGCUCUGGGUCUGGAUACCGGACAGCAGCAGGAUGCUCAGGAGUUUUCAAAGCUUUUCUUGUCUCUGUUGGAGGACACGUUGUCCAAGCAGAAGAACCCUAACCUUCAGAAUGUGAUCCAGCAGCAGUUCUGCGGCCAGUUCUUCUAUGUGACUGAGUGUGAUCAGUGUGGACGGUCGUCAGCGCUGCCGUCUCGUUUCUAUGAGCUGGAGCUCAACAUCCAGGGACACAAGAACCUGACGGAGUGUAUUACAGAGUUCCUCAAGGAGGAGAAGCUGGAUGGGGAGAACCGUUACUUCUGCGAGAGCUGUCAGAGUAAACAGAACGCUACCCGCAGGAUCAAGCUGAACAGCCUUCCUCCGACCCUGAACCUGCAGCUCAUGCGCUUCGUCUUUGACAGACAAACCGGUCAUAAGAAGAAGCUCAACACCUUCAUCAGUUUUCCUGAGCAGCUGGAUAUGGAGCCUUUCCUGGAGGCAAGACCAGGACAGAAGAGUGUGUAUGAACUGAGCGCAGUGCUGAUCCAUCGGGGCAUCAGUGCGUACUCGGGACACUACAUCGCCCAUGUGAAGGACGCUCUGACCGGUGACUGGUACAAAUUCAAUGAUGAGGAAAUUGAAAAGAUGGAGGGGAAGAAGCUGCAGCUUGGUAUUGAGGAAGACAUUGCUGAGGCGGUGAAAUCUCAGUCACGGAAGCCAAAGUGCAGCAAAGGCUACCACUGCUCCAGAAACGCCUACAUGCUGGUGUAUAAGGUCCAGGCGGAGGAGCACCUGGAGCCCUCCGAGACCAGUGUUGAGGUGCCAGCCUUCCUUCAGAGGCUGGUGGACCGAGACAACCACAGGUUUGAGGAAUGGUGCAUGGAGAUGUCCGACAUGCGGAAGCAGAGCGUGGACAAAGGCAAGGCGAAGCACGAAGAGGUGAAAGAGCUGUACGAGCUUUUGCCCGCAAGAGAUGGUGAACAGUACGAGUUCAUUCCUCUGGACUGGCUGAAGAAGUGGCUGGAUGACUCCACCGCCACAAAGGAGAUCGACACCUCCCUCUUCCUGUGUACUCACGGAAAACUGCACCCAGACAAGGUGGGGGACUGCAAGAGGGUGUCCCUGCAGGCCGCAGAUCUGCUCUACAGGCGAUAUGGCGGGGGGCCCAGGCUGGAUGGCUCGUCUCUGUGCAGAGACUGUGUCAGCUGGAGAUGCCGAGUCCUGCGGCUCAAAAACCAGCUCAAUGAAGACUUUAAGGAGGUGUCCAACCUAGUGAAACGCUCGCUCAGUGGGGAGGGCUACUGGGUGGGCAAAGCUUCCCUGAGAAGCUGGAGGCAGCUGGCUUUGGAGCAGCUGGAAGAAGACGAGCACGAAGGCAAACUCAGCGAUGGCCAGACCAACGGGCAGGGACCACACACUAACAACAUCAAAGAGUUCAGUUCAGAGCUGUCGGGAAACACUGAGGAGGAGAUGAAGACCUUUAAUGAGGACAUCCUCUGCAGUCACGGAGGCCUUUGCAUUCUGGAGGCUGAGCGGAAGCUGGUCUCUCCUGAAGUGUGGUCCAAGCUUCGAGAGUACUUCCCCAAAGCGCCAGAGUUCACGGAGAAGCAGGAGCCCUGUCGACAGUGUCUGACGUUGGAGCAGGAGGAGAAGGACAAUGAGGCUGUCAGUAAGAUGAUGGCGCUUGACCAGAAGAACCAGCUGCUCAACCUUUUCCAUGAGAAGAACCGGCCCAUGCUCUCAAAGUGGCCUCAGAACACGGAUGUUCUGUAUGUGGUUCCUCUGUUCUUCGUGGAGGAGUGGAGGAAGUUCAUCAGGAGGCCCACCAAAUCUUCUCCAGUGUCUAAUGUGGGGAACAGCCUCCUGCUGUGCCCUCAUGGGGGGUUCAUGUUCACCUACGACUCGUUGAUCAGCGGCGAGGCACAGCAUAUAGCUCUGCUCUGGCCCAGCGAGUGGGAAGUCAUCAGCAGACUCUUCAUCGUGGAUCAGGCCAUAUCCAUCCACUGCCUCCGAGAGAGCACAGAGGGCUCCACCCCCCAGUACACCACCCAGCCCGAGCUGUGCUGGGACUGCAGGGAGAGCUUUUUGUUCCAGCAGCAGAAGGACCUCAGAGAGUAUAAUCAAGCCACCAUCUACAUCCGCAAAGUCCUGGAGGACGCCAGGAUGGUAAAGGACAUGACUCCAGAAAUGAACGCCAGCAGCUCCGAGGCUGAGGAGGAGCGGGAGGAGCAUAUGAAGGUGGAAGGAGGCGAAGACCCAGACUUUGGUCAGUCGUCCCUGCUUCAGUCUCAGGACGGGGCGAAGCGUCUGAGGCUGGCCGACGGCACCGCAGCACCUGCGCCUCCUCCUGUGACCACCUCAGCCAAAGUGGGCGGGAUCAGGAGGAGCACUCGACAUCGGAAACUGCGAGGGGAGAAAGCACUGAUUGUAUCAGCCAAUCAGACGCUAAAGGAGCUGAAGAUACAGAUCAUGCACGCCUUCUCCGUGGCACCGUUUGACCAAAACCUCUCCAUUGAUGGGAAGAGCCUGACGGAUGACUCGGCCACACUAGGCAGUCUAGGCGUUGUCCCAGAGAGCAUCAUAUGCUUAAAGGCUGACGAGCCCAUCGCAGAUUACGCCGCCAUGGAUGACGCCUAUCAAGUGAGGCUCCCAGAGGAGGGGUUCAAAGGAACGGGGCUUCUGGGACACUGAGGAACGCUGCAGCCAUGACGGACGACGUUUUACACAAAAAGCUUGAAUUUGUCAAGUGUCUAUAAAUAAAUAAGUGCUUUAAUUUUUAAAUGUUUUCACCAAGUUUUCUUGAAGCUGUCAGCGUGGUGUCCAUAAUCUCUAAAUUGAAGUGGGCGACUUAAAAGUGUGACCUCAUAAAAAUGUCAAAAGACACAAGUAGGUGCAGAUUCUUUCAAAUGUUCUGCAGAACCUCACAGACAAAUCCUGACAGAAAUAGAAUGAUUGUGGUUGCGAGGGAACAUAAUUCAUUUUUAUUUUCACAUUGAGGGUUUAAGAUUUUUUUUCUGGAAGCAGAUAAAUAACUAAAUAUUGGUAAUCUGGGUUGUGAAUGAAAAAUAAAUAACUUUAUUUUCUGAC